CUUGGAGCUGAUGCCCGAGGGCGGUCCGGGUGUGUGCAGCGGUGUGCACAGCGUGGUGGAGGGGUACACGGAGGAGCCCCAGGCCCCAGGCGCUGCUCCCCUCCUCCGCCGGCUGCUCUACUCCCCCCACUCGCGCACCUGCCUGCUAGCGGCCUGGGAGCAGUCCGACCCCGCAGCCACACACCCGCACCCGCAGCAGGCGCCCUUCCAGCUCUUCCAAACACACGCCCCUGCAGAGACGGCCAGCUCCUCCGCCCCCCUCGCCUGCAGGGGGCUGCUCAGCUGGAGCGCCCUCACCGGCACCGCCGCCAGCCUACUGGAGGACCCGGACACGGCGGCGGUGGAUGCCGCGUUCGUGGCGGCGGCUCCGGCGGCGGCGGAUAAGGCCCCCGGCGCCUCCGCACCCUCAGCAUCAGCACCCUCAGCAGGAGCAGGAGAGGAUGCGGCAGCACGCUGGGUGGUGCUCUCCGCGACCUACGG